AAUUUACAUUGCUCUGGUUCACUUCUUGACUUUUCUUUGUAUUCCAAGUCCCCGGUUCGAGAGCCGUUACUUAUUAUAUAACUGAUCAAUCCCUCUCAAUAAGCACAUUAUUUUCUAGUGGAGUUCUAUUAUGAAUCAUGGCGAACAACCAGGACUACACGGUUGGCUGGAUCUGCGCCCUCACCGUCGAGUUCGUUGCUGCUCAGGCUUUCCUCGACGAAAAACACAAAGACCCUCCAGAAGUGGCCCAGAACGAUAACAACAAUUAUGCUUUGGGCAGGAUCGGAAACCAUAACAUUGUGAUUGCUGUCUUCCCCGAUGGAGAGUACGGUACGACCGUUGCUGCGACCGUCGCAAGAGACAUGCUCCAUAGCUUCCCGAAUAUUCGCAUCGGACUCUUGGUCGGUAUCGGCGGUGGUGCGCCAAGUCCAAAUCGUGACAUACGUCUCGGCGACAUUGUGGUCAGUAGCAGAGGCGAGGGGAAAGGCGGGGUGUUUCAAUAUGAUUUUGGCAAGACAAUCCAGAAUCAGUCUUUCCAAGAAACAGAGUUCUUAGACCAACCACCGACAGUACUGCGGACAGCAGUUAGUGCCCUCAAGGCCAAGUACGAAUUGGAAGGCCACCGGUUCAAUGAGGACGUGGACAUGGCAUUAAAGAAGAUCAAAAAGCGAAAGAAGUACUCCUGCCCACCUGCUAGCAGCGACAGACUGUACCGAUCUGAUAUUGCACACCUUUCAAACUCGUCCGAAGGCUGUAGUGUAGUAUGCGGCGACGACCCAUCACAUAUACUGCCACGGACCGAACGGAACGAGGAAGACGACAACCCAGCUAUCCACUACGGACUGAUUGCUAGUGCCAAUCAACUGAUGAGGGAUGCCCUUAUACGAAACAAGUUAGCAGCGGAAAAGGGCGUCCUUUGCUUCGAGAUGGAGGCGGCAGGCCUGAUGAAUCACUUCCCUUGCCUAAUUAUCCGCGGUAUAUGUGACUACGCGGAUUCCCACAAGAAUAAGGAAUGGCAAGGCUUCGCGGCUAUGGUGGCAGCUGCGUAUGCGAAAGAUCUUUUGCGUCAGAUCCCGCAAAACAAGGUCGAGGUGGAGAAGAAGAUCAGCGAAGUCAUCUCAGGUUUACAAGAUGCAGUCUCAGCUACGUCCCGGAAGGCUGACACAAUCAUCCGUCAUCAACAGACGCAGGAGCACAAGGAGAUUCUUAACUGGCUCACUCCAGUCGACUACGGACUUCAGCAAAGUGACUAUCUGGGAAGGCAACAGCCGGGAACCGGUCAAUGGCUCCUUGCAUCGACGGAGUUCCAGGGCUGGCUGGCCACAAGCAAACAGACCUUGUUUUGUCCAGGCAUCCCAGGGGCUGGAAAAACAAUCCUAACCUCAAUCGUGGUUGAUUACCUCGACUCAAGAUUUCGUCAUGACUCGAAGACCGGCAUGGCAUACAUCUACUGCAACUUCCGGCGCCAGAACGAGCAGAGCAUUGACCACUUGCUGGCGAGCGUCUUGAAGCAGUUGACUCCAUGCCAGCCUUCCAUACUAGACAGCGUCAAAAGUCUCUAUGAUCAGCACAAGGCCAAACGAACGCGGCCAUUCCUCGACGAAAUCGUAGGAUUCCUUCAGUCCGUGGUGGCGAUGCAUUCGAGAGUAUUCAUCAUUGUUGACGCGCUUGACGAAUGCCAAGCAUCUAAUAGUUGCCGGGCGAGGUUCCUCUCGGAACUUUUCGACCUUCAGAAAAGGCACGGGGCAAACAUUCUUGCGACAUCGAGGUUCAUUCCGGAGAUUAUUGACCGUUUUGGGGCCAGCGUGUCACUGGAGAUUCGUGCAAGCACCGAAGAUGUGGCGAGAUACCUCGAAAACCAUGUACAAGACCUACCAUCUAUCGUUCAGGAGGACCCGCAGCUACAAGCAGAGAUUACGACGGGUAUCUCAGAAGCUGUCGAUGGAAUGUUUCUCUUGGCACAGCUUUACCUCGGUUUGCUUGCCGACAAACUGACACCAAACGAUAUCCGAAGCGCAAUGAGAACCUUCCAGGAGCAGGGCCAAGGGUCAAGCCAAGAUCAGGAUGUUCAAGUCCUAGAUCAUGCGUACCGACGAGUCAUGGAGAGAAUCAACGAACAGAUGGCAGGAAAGAAGGAACUUGCGUUCAAGGUCCUGUCUUGGAUUACGUUUGCGAAGAGACAGCUUACUACGUCAGAACUUCAACAUGCCCUCGGAACAAAGGCGGGAAAGUCUGAGUUUGACCAUGGAGACCUAACUCCUAUCGAAGACAUUGUCUCUUUUUUGGGAGCGGAUUGUGUGGGACGCAUCAAGAAAUUGACGAGCGGAUGA